AGCAUGACGAGAGGCCAGGAUGUCGGAAAAGCAUUGGAACGGCAUAUGGGCGUUGGGCUCUCCGAGGUCGCAUGUCCGCACGGUGACCGCACAGUGGGUGGCGGUUGGGCGGGGACACCCUGCAUGGUGUGAUCGCAGAACCGCGGCGAGUUCCGAGGGAGGGUGGAGGUGGAGGUCGGCGCGCUUGGAAAAAGUGUGAUGGGCCCUAACUCGAGCUGCCCACCCACAGACCGUGUUGAUACGACUCGAGCGAGCAUGCAUCCCAUCUCACUUAUACUCACCAUCUCAUCUUCAGCGCGCGCGGUUGACGACUCCCCCAGUUCUUCGUGCGCCGCUCAUCCUCUCCCCCUCUCCCUCUCCUCCCGGCUUCUCACCAUGGCCGUCCUCACCCCCACCCCGUCGGCCGACAUGGAGAAGGGACUCCCGCUCGAGGCGUCCUCGCCCUCGCCGCCCUCGUCGUACGCCGCGAAGAAGUACGACGGGCUGCGCGGCCGCGCGGUCCGCACGAUGGACUUUCUCGUCGAGCACGGCGUCGAAGAGCGCGGCAUUCAGCCCCGCCCCGAGGACGAGCGCGAGCCCCUCGGCUGGCGCUCGUACCUGCCGCAGCUGGCGUUCUGGGCCGCCAUGAACACCAACAUCCUCACGUUCUCCGAGGGCAUGAUCGGUAUCCUCAAGUUCCGUCUCGAUUUCAAGUCGGCUGUGCUCGUCAUUGUCAUCUUCACGUUUGUCAUGUGUCUUCCCGCGGCGUGGCUCGCGACCAACGGGCCCCGGACGGGCAUGCGCCAGAUGGUGCAGGCGCGCUAUGCGAUGGGAUACUUCCCCACUAUCAUCAUCGGUCUCGCGAACUGCAUUACGUUUGUUGGAUACUUGUCCCUCCAGUCGAUCCUUGGCGGGCAGUGCCUUUCCAUCGCUAGCGAGGCCGACAUGUCGUGGACCGUGGGCAUUGUGGUCGUCACGGUUAUUUGUGUCUGCCUAUCCUUCAUCGGCCUCCGCGCCCUGCACAUCCUCUCUCUCACCACUCUCCCAGUUAUUUUCCUGGUGUACUUGGUCCUGGUCGGUGUCAACGGCGACAAGCUGCACUUUGCCCUCAACGACGCUGCUCAGGCUGCUUCCAAGGUCACGGCCUGGGGUAUCCUCGGGUAUGGCGCGACUCAGAUCGGCUUCACCGCCUCGUACGCCGGCAUGGCCAGUGACUUCUCCACCCUUCUGCCAGCCAACACGCCGCGCCUCCCGCUCUUCUGUUGCGUCUACUUUGGCCUCGCGCUGCCCAUCAUCGUCCUCCAGAUCUUCGGCGCGGCGUGCGCGCUCGCCGCCCGCUCCAUCCCGGCGUGGGACACGGCCGCGCAGAUCGGCGCGCCCAACCUCGUCUUCACGAUGUUCGGCGCGGGCGGGCCUGCCAAGUUCGUCAUGGUCCUCUUCUGCUUCAGCGUGACCGCCAACGUCGCCCCGACGAUCUACAGCUGUGGCCUUUCUGGACAGGUCGUUUUCCCAUUCCUCGUCCGCGUGCCGCGCUACUUCCUCGCCAUCAUCGUCACGGCCAUCUACCUCCCCGUAGCGAUUGUCGGGAGCACGCACUUCUUCACGAUGAUGCUCAACUUCCUCGGCGUCCUCGGCUACUGGACGUCGCUGUACCUCCCGCCUGCGCUCGUCGAGCCCAUCCUGUUCCGCAACCCCGUCAACUCGAUCACCUACCCCGUCGAUGCGUGGAACAAGCCGUCCAAGCUGCCAUGGGGCCUGGCGUUCGUUAUCUCCGCCGCAUGUGCUGUCCCUGUUUGCGCGGCUGGCAUGUCGCAGACGUGGUGGAAGGGCUGGAUUGCCCGCAAGAUCGAGGGAUCGGGCGACCUUGGCUUCGAGCUGGGCUUUAUGGUUGUGCUCAUCCUCUUCAUCCCGCUGCGCUACAUGGAGCGCAAGUGGUCUGGGCGGUAGAGGUGGGGACAUGGAGUACUAGACACCUAUAUACGUUACGUUAUCAUGGACAUAAUGGUCUUGG